CUGUAACAAAACAAGGACAGAAACCAAUUUCUUUAAUUUCUCCAUAUAAAUGCAGCUAAAAUUAAUCCUCACCAAGAAAAGCCAAAGAAAUCGUUAAAAGAAAAGAAAAGGAAAAGGAAAAAAUAUUUCCCCAAUAAUGGUUCGCAUUAGCAACACCCUUUUCACCUUUAUAAACAUAUUUCCUUUCUUUCUAGGCCUGGUUGCCGUCGUUGUCUCCAUCUACUUUCGCCUGCAUGGAACCACCGUUUGUCAAAACACCCUACGAAACCCUUUGCUGAUAAUAGGGCUCGUUCUAUUCGCUGUAUCGUUGCUAGCCUUUAUUGGUUCUUGUUGCAGUAAUGCCAGUUUUUUCUUAACUGCUUACUCCAUUUCCGUGGUCCUUGUCGUUUUGGCUUUAACGGGUUUAACGCUUUUCGCCAUGGUCGUCACCAAUAAAGCCUUGGCCAGGAGGAUUUCCGGGAUAGGGUUCAGCGAAUACCGACUCGAAGAUUAUUCAGGUUGGUUGAAAGACCAUUUUGUGAGUAACAAUAACUGGGAUCACAUCCGGAGUUGUUUGAGUUAUUCCCAUGCUUGCAAAACUCUCCAUAGCGACGCAACCUUCUCAGGUUUCAUCAAGCAAAAAGUGUCCUCAAUUCAGUCCGGUUGCUGCAAGCCACCAAUCUACUGCAAGUUUGUGUACAAGAAUGCGACGUUCUGGAUGGUGCCAAAAUCGGGUCCGGACGUGGAAGACAGCGACUGCAGGACAUGGAGCAAUGACCAGCGCAAGCUGUGCUACAAUUGCAAGUCUUGCAAGGGAGGAGUUUUAGCCAAUAUAAGGAAAGAAUGGAGGCUUUUGGCCAUUCUAAACAUAUGCGUCAUUGUAUUAGUCCUCAUCACCUUGAACAUUGGGUGCAGCAUUAGAAGAAGAAGAAGAAGGAAACCUGAUGAGAAAAUAACCUUUACAGCUUAG